AAAACAUAAUUGGUUUUACCUACUGCCGACGGCAUGUCUGCUCAUAUCCUUUCCCAAUUCUCAUCUUCGGAAUUCAACAAAAAUCUAUCCCAAAUUCAACCCCAAUAUCAGCAUGGGAAUGGCCAGUUCGACUCAGAUGGAAAAACCACAAUCCAACAAACACAUCUUCAUCCUCUCCGGCCAGAGCAACAUGGCCGGCCGCGGCGGCGUCACCCCUCACAAACACUGGGACGGCGUCGUCCCGCCGGAGUGCCUCCCCGACCCCGCCGCCGUCCUCCGCCUCAACGCCCAGCUCCACUGGGAACCGGCGCACGAACCUCUCCACGCAGACAUCGACACCAAGAAGACGUGCGGCGUCGGCCCCGGAAUGGCCUUCGCCAACGCCAUCAAGGGCCGCGUCGGCACGAUGGGUCUCGUCCCGUGCGCCGUCGGCGGCACGGCCAUAAAGGAGUGGGAAAGGGGCACGCACCUUUACGAGAACAUGGUGAGGCGGGCGGAAGCAGCAGCGAGGGGCGGCGGCGAGAUCCGAGCCCUGCUCUGGUACCAGGGAGAGAGCGAUACGUCGUCGGAAACCGACGCCGAGGCUUACAAAGCCAAAAUGGAGAAGCUGAUCCACGAUGUGCGCUCCGAUCUUCAGUCGCCAUCUCUUCCAAUUAUUCAGGUAGCGAUCGCGUCGGGAGAUGAGAAGUACAUAGAAACGGUGAGAGAGGCGCAGAAGAGCAUCGAUAUAGCGAAUGUGGCUUGCGUGGAUGCCAAGGGCUUGGCGCUGAAGGAAGACAACCUGCACCUCACCACAGAGGCCCAGGUUCAACUGGGCCGUAUGCUGGCCGAUGCCUACCUCACCACAUUUUGCUCGUAACUUCGAUAUUACGGUAUCCUGUUGACGUAACUUUGUACUUCAGUUCGUAUGUAUUCAUGAUCGUUUCCUCGCAAAGACUUUGAUUGAGUGUUAUUAUGCUACUUGUCGAGAAACCUUCAGAGAAAGGUUUAUCGAAUUAUUUUUUAUUUAAUUUUUCUUCUUUUUUCCAUUU